GAACUAAAAGUAUCCAAACUUUUAACUUUUCACCUUUUCCCACCACUUUUAGCAAACAUCCUCAUAUAUACCGGUUUUUACUUUAUGCGUAUUUAGAUCACUUUAUGUACAGUUUAGUCCAGAUUUUCUGGUGUUAGAUGAUCUUUUAUCAAACUGGACAUAUCCCACCUUCGCGUACCACCCACUCAACCAUCGGUGUCGGGAAACAGCGAGUGCGUAACAAAACUAAGAAGCAGGAAGUGUCUUCUGUUGUGAUUGUCCACUCAAGAAAACACGAACAAAUACACCAAAGGCAAUGGCAAGCGCACCUCCGUUUGAGACAUCAUCACUCGUGGGAUACCCACCACCUCCACCAUAUGAGGAGACAAUGGGUACAGUCCCACAGUACACACCAGGGCCGAUGCCCUAUCCUCAAACUGAUGUGAAGGCAACUCAGCCUCCAUAUCCACAACAAGCCUAUGGCCAGAUGUAUCCUCCACCACCCCCACAAGCUCAACCAGUCACCACUCCUGUUGUGUCAGUUCAGACCGUGUAUGUCCAGUCUGGUGUGGUGUUCAGAGAUACCCCAGUUCUAGUACAUUGUCCAGUAUGCACACAGCAUGUGACAAGUCAGCUGGAGUACACAUCGGGUGCAUUAACCUGGCUCUCUUGUGCAGGCCUAGCCAUUUUUGGUUGUUUCUAUGGGUGUUGCCUGAUUCCCUUCUGUGUGAAUAGUUUGAAGGAUGUAACCCACCGCUGUCCAAGCUGCCACAGAACUUUAGGUGUUUACACAAGAAUCUAAAGCAUUUGCAGAGCAGUUGUGUAACAUACCUGAUGUGUAUCUGAAGAACAAAAUGUCGAGUUAACUUGAGCAUUUUCUGUGCUAUUGACACAACUGACAUACAUAUACAUGUUUAUCCAUCUAUCUAUACCUUAAUAUGCAUUUUACAUUGUAAAAUUUAUACUCACUGUGAUUUUAUUAAGAAAUACAAAUCUGUUAAUUUUCUCAAUUAUAACUUUGUAAAAAUAAUUUUGGUUACAGAGCACAAUUACUGUGAAGGGCUUAAAUUGCUUUUUAAAAGGCACAAUCUUUAUUCUGUUCUGUUUAUGAUAAAAUAAAUACCACGUAUACAUGUUUCCCAGUUAAAACAAUGGAAUGCAUAUUGUAUACAGGUUAAGUAUCUGCAAUAAGUUUGCUUUACCAAAAAUUCUCUUAACGUUUAACCAUAUCAUAAAUUAAAU